AUGGGAGAUUACUCGUAUACAUCCUCAUCACAUGUUGCUAGGACCUACUGUUAUGUGCAUGCAAGCGGAAAUCUUAUGCCUUCUAAGAAGACAUUUGGUGCCUGCACAAAGAUUUUUCAAAAGUACAAUGUCGAGGAGGGUUCUUCAUGGAAGAAUAUCCCACAAUCCACAAAAGAUUUUUAUUUCAAAGAGUUUGAGAAAGAAUUUCACUGGGAUGAGGGAAAUUGGAGUACUCCAGAACAUGUAGCAAAGUCAAUGAAGUACUCAAAGAACCGCCUAACAGAGAAGGGAGGUGAAGGAGCUGGUCCUUCUAAACAUAUAGGCGGGUCCAUCACACAUGAGGAGCAUGCUAAACACAUACAAAAUGCUAACACAGACAAAGUUCCUCCAACAGUAGCUGAGUUGUUUCUCCACACCUAUACAAAGAAGAGUGAUCGCAACAAAUUUGUUGAUAAACGAGCUGAAAUUGUUUAUGUGAUUGAUUUUCAAUUUUGUGUGAUUGAUAUUUCUAUUAUGAUAUCUUGCAAGUAUUGUAAAUGUGAUAUCUUGCAGGAAAAUUAUUUGAAGCUAAAAGAACAACAUUCAAGCCAGUAUGUGGGAUUAGAUCAUGUGGAAGGAGAUGGAGGAACUAUUAAUGAGAAUCAUUUGUUCAUUACUGCAGCAGAAGGAUGGCAAGGAAGUCGAGUUUAUGGUUUAGGUAGUGCUGCCUCUUCUGCCUUCUCUCAAACAGGAACUGAGGGAAUAUUAACAAAUGUUCCAUCAUCCUAA